AAGCAGCAUUUUCAAGGCAGUAGGCCCCAAGUGUCGAUAAUGAGAAUACGGAUUGAAAUCAGUUCCGUAGCCGAAGUAUCGAUUUUCUUAAAAAGUGUUGAAGGAUAAUGAAAAAUCCACAAAUGACUGACAUUUACGUUGCACAUUCUCUCAAGGCGGAAUUUACAGAGGAAAACGAGGAAAACGGGAACACCUCGAGUGGCAGUCCGUUAAAAGUUCAGGUUUUCAAAAGACGGUGGGUUCAGCUAUUCUUAUAUGUUUUAUGGGGCAUAUGCAGCAGCUAUCAAUAUCCUCAGUUCGUGAUCAUCGGCCAUAUAAUAAGUCGGUACUACGAUGUCUCGACGUUGGCGGUAGCAUCGACCAGCAUCGUACUGAUGGUAGCCUACGCAGUUUUCCUCUUCCCUGCCUUGUUUUUAAUGGAACGGAUCGGCCUGAAGUGGACGGUCGUGAUAGGAGCCGCAUUGACGUGUCUCGGAGCCUGGAUUAAGGUUUUCUCGAGAGCCCCGGAUCGUUUUCCAUUGCUGCUCACAGGGCAAGCCAUGGUCGCGAUCAGUCAGGUUUUCAUUGCUCCUGUUCCGGGAAAACUGGCUGCAUUCUGGUUCGGAAACGACCAACUCGCCCUCGCCACCGCCAUCGGCUGCUACGCAGCACACGUUGGCUUGUCGAUCUGCUUCCUGACCGUUCCGAUUUUCGUCCGAAACCACGACGACGUCGAGAAAAUCGGGCACGAAUUGUCCGUCAUUUACUGGACAGUCGCGAUUGCAUGUUCAGUCGUAACGUUGGCCGUACUUUUUCUUUUUCAGGACGAACCUCCCGCGCCACCAAGCGAGUCGCGGGCGCUUCAAAAAUCCACGCACGAGCGUUUCGACACAGGAGUUUUAGUGUCCUUCAAAAAGUUACUGACAAAGAACAGGAACUUCAUCAUUCUUUGGAACGCCUAUGGUCUGAUUGUUGCCGUAUUUAACUCGACGGGGACAGUUUUGAAUCCGUUGUUCUUAACUCACUUCAAGAACUGCGAAGUUGAUGUAGGAAUAAUGAGUCUUUUGCUGUGCUUUGUGGGUACCAUAGGUUCGUUAAUCAUCGCAUCAAUUCUCGACAAAACGAAGAAAUUCAGAGUCAUCGCCAUCACCGUGAGCAGUUCGUCUUUAUUUUGCGAAAUACUUUUCGCUACGACCUUGAAUAUGGAAAUUAAAUGGACGGUUUUUCUGUCAGCUUCGCUUUUCGGCAUUACUCUGAUCAGUUUCAGCGCGAUUGGAUUUGAAUUAUGCGCCGAAGCGACUUACCCCGAGUCUCAGGCACUAUCGACAGGAAUUUUGAGCACAGCGGGCCAAAUAUACGGAGCUUUCGUAACUCCUCUUAUCCUCAAGGUGAUACACGUUUACGGCGACACGGCUGGACACGCGGUCAUUCUCGCAAUUCUCGGCCUAGGAACUCUGUUGACAAUAUCGAAUAAAAUCGAUUUGCGUAGGCAAAGAGCUGAAGAAUCUGCCAUGCGAUAUAAUCCGCUGAGUCAAGGAGUAUUGCGUAAGAUUGACAAGUGAUAUUGAUUUUGUUAAUCUUCAUCCACGAUUCGAGUUUACUUCCAUUAUUAUACAUAACAACCGACAAAAGUGAUCGAUUGAAAAUUCUUGCCAAAAGUCGAAUAUUCUCGGCAUCCGCAAAUAAACCAUUAGGAAUUGAACGUUGCAGAGAUCAGGAAUCAAGAUAAUUCUUACUCACCAAGUUAGUUGAUUUGUCGUACUCAAAGAACGUUGGAAGAAUUUUGGUACUCCUAAUCCGCACGUGAAGUAUCACCGAAGAAAAUGGAGUAACUUUCUCGCGUCUCACUUGUGUUUUUUAUUUGAUACUAAUUUUAAGAUGAAUUACACGAAUAAGAAUUUUCAUCAUCAUCUUCUAUCCGAAGUUUUUGUCACAGUUUAUCGCAAUUUAUUCCUCACAUCCCUUCCCUCCCCUUUGUACGACUCAUACACUAUGAAUCCCGGAUUGAGGAGACCAUCUGUUCCUGUAUCCCGGCGGAUCUGCAUAUAUGACUCCGUAUUAUUUUCAAAAGUUCAGAUAGUUCUACGUUGAUUAUGAUCGCAUUCGGUGGUUUUCCUAACCCAAGUAUAUUUAGCGAUAGGCAAAAAAGAACUCGUGAAUUUUGGCUAACGGUGAAUAACUGUGUUGGCUGAACAAAACCACCCAAAUAGUAACACGCAUAGCGAUUGCUGAACUGCACGGAAUUACGUGGAGUUUUGCAAAACUGCCCGCCACUAUUGCCACGUGGAAAGUAAGAGUGCAAAAUGAAACCUUCCGUACUGUACUCUCUACAACGCAAUGAAUCAAUCGAACGAAGUUAGUCUUCCGAUGAGAGAUUGCUGAUUAAACUCUGUAAACACACUCACGAACGACACGUAGGCUGACCGCGAUCCGUUUGGCUGCUCUCUCAAAAUCUGAUCGAGAACUGAACAGAGCGGAAGGAGCGCUCCCUUAUAUACACGAAGCAGACGAUCGGGAACAGAAUUCAAACGGAUGCUGAGAAAUACGCGGCCUAGAGGGUAAGAGCGAGAUGGAGCGUUGGGUAUAACAGAGAGAGAUCUAGGAAGUAGAAAACCGAAUCGGAAAAUAUGAAGAAAUAAACGUAUAUACGCGGUACAGAGAAACGUUCCGACAUUUUUUAACAAUAAUAGCUUAGUGAAAGCUGGAAAUAUGCUAAAAGCAAUGAUGUGUCGUUAAUUGAUUUUGAUAUUAUACCAGAAAUUUAAGAUAGGCUGU